AGAGGGCGCCAUACAAAAAUAAAGGCUUUGCAAGUCUUUUCGAAGUUCAUCAAUUUGUGUUUAUCAAGCCAAAGAGCAAGGACCAAACGGUGCAUUCACGCCCCUGCCAUUGACAUACAUAGAUAAUCACGUGGUAACAAUAUUCCUAUUUUUCAGCUAUUUUUAUCAAUUUGUACUUUGUUCUGUGGUCAUUGCAAAAUUUCUACAGUUGUAAAGAAGCAACCAAACACAAACCUGAGCGCAUGCUGCACCAAUGAUAUACAUUUUCGCAAAAUGGCUGAAGCAAAUACAACUGAUGUAGAUUUGAGCGGCAAAUGGAAACUGGACAGAAAUGAGAAUUUCGACGAGUACAUGAAAAAUGCUGGCGUCGGCCUCAUCAAACGUAAGCUCAUCAGUUCCCUCCCUACCACCAUCGAGGUCACCCAGACCGGUGACGACUUCAAGUUCCUCACCAAGACGCCGCUCGGCUCACGGCAGACGACGUUCACGCUGGGCGUGGUCUACCCCGAGACCAACCCGAUGUGGGGCGAGAGGGAGCACCGUGUCCUGGCCGAUUUUGACGGUGGGAAGCUGGUGCAAAACGUGAAUACGGCUCCGAAGGGCAGGUCGAUGCGUUUUGAACGUGAAAUCGUAGACGGGGAGCUUGUGCUUACCAUGGUACUGGGUGAGAUGGUAGCCAAGAGGUACUUCAAGAAACUCGAGGAAGCUGUACAAGUUAGUGAUGAAAAACCUGCAGCAAAACCAUUGGAACUUAACUGAACAAUGUUGCACAUGAAUGAGCAGGUGCUUAGUUUCAAGACUCACCCUUAAUAUCAACUUAGAUGGUGACUUUUCCAAAAACUUGGUGACUAACUGAUGGGGCUACUUUUCCAAACAGUGAACUCUCAUAAUCAGAACUGAACAAAGAGCAGAGUAAGCUAUCGAAACGUCGUGAUCUACAGCGUUUUCCUACGAAUGAGGAAAGGUUCACUUCACAUACUGUUGUCAAAUUGUCACACGAAAACUAUUACAGUAAUUUUCUUCUCAGCAACUUUAAAACGUAUUGAAUUAAAAACUUGAGUUUAAAGACUUGAAAGUUUGCAUGGAUGGGAGGCAUCGGAAUACAAUCUAUGGUGAGAUUUAUUUGCAGAGACACGAUGUAGGCAAUGGACAAACUGAAAGGAACCGAUGAAUUGACAACGUUUUAUCUCAUUAUAAUGAUUUCAUUAUUAUACCAUCUAGACACAGGCAUUAUAACAAUUUCCCAUGGGGAAACAAAUCGAGUAUAGAAGGGCCGACCUACCGGUAGGCAUAUUAAUGUUGUUGUUGUUGUUGUUGUUGUUGUUGUGACUUGUAAUCAGAAAUCAAUAAGAAUGUUUUAUAUACACACUUUUCCAUUUUGGUUUGGUUUUGACCGAAUUUCGGACAAAUUAUCUUAUAGGCUGUAUCUGAAAUAUGAUAAUUUCCGACACACAAAAUGUUGCGUUUAGUAUAGGCUUUCUCGGUCAAAUUCGGCACAUGAGCAGUCAAUUUCAUUUUCAUGCGUUCGAAUUAAAGCUGUUUUGCCUCUC